UCCGGAACCCGUCUCAUGUACACACUCUACCACAUUCUCACCUCCACCGUAUGCUGCCUGAUGCUGUCCAGGACAGCUGCUGAAGCGAUCAAGGAAAGUGUGCCUUUCUACGGGAUGAUCUGUGAUCACCUGCAGCCGGGCUCGGACUGCGACAUGCUGAUUGGUUACUCGGCCGUCUACAGGGUUUGCUUUGGGACCACCUGCUUCCACCUGCUUCUCUCCAUCUUCCUCCUCAACGUCAAGUCCAGCCGCGAUUCCCGCGCACUCAUACACAAUGGUUUCUGGUUCCUGAAAUUCCUAAUCCUGGUUGGAAUGGCGGCUGCUGCUUUCUUUAUUCCAGGCGAAUCCUUCCUGCACAUCUGGCGCUACAUUGGAGUGAUCGGUGGCUUCGUUUUCAUCCUCACUCAGCUCGUCCUCAUCACUGCAUUCGCUCACUCCUGGAACAAGAAUUGGAUGACAGGAGCGGAAGAGGACAAGCGCUGGUUCCUGGCAGUGGUGGGAGCCACACUGGGCUUCUACACCAUAGCUUUGACCGCCUUCUCCCUGAUGUACAAGUUCUACACACAUCCCUCUGGCUGCCUUCUCAACAAGUUCCUCCUCAUUCUUAACUGUGUCCUCUGCUUUACAGUCUCAUUCCUGUCUGCCACUCCCUGCGUCCAGCAGAAACAGCCGCGUUCCGGCUUGCUUCAGGCCUCCAUUAUCAGCUGUUACGUCAUGUACCUGACAUUCUCUGCUCUAUCCAGUCGCCCACCUGACAGAGUGGAAUACCAGGGUCAGAACAUAAGCAUCUGUUUCCCGAGUGUCAGUAAGGAUGGAAUGCAGACUGAGGACACUUUGGUAGCCACGGUUGGUGCUGCUAUCAUGUACGGCUGUGUGCUGUUUGCUUGCAAUGAAGCCUCAUACCUUGCCAGGGUUUUUGGCCCUUUCUGGAUGAUCAACGUGUACAGAUAUGAAUUCAAGAAAGCCUCCUGCCACUUUUGCUGCCCUGAUGAGGAUGAAGAUGGAGAACAUUCGUAUGAGAUUGACAACAAAGGAGGCCAGAGAGUGAUACAGAACGAGCAGGACAGCGUUUCCUACAGUUACUCCUACUUUCACUUUGUCUUCUUCCUCGCCUCUCUUUAUGUCAUGAUGACCCUCACAAACUGGUUCAACUACGAGUCGGUCUCUCUGGAGACAACCUUCUCAUACGGGAGCUGGUCAACCUUCUGGGUAAAAAUUAUUUCGUGCUGGCUCUGCGUCUUGAUGUAUCUCUGGAUUCUCCUGGCCCCAUUGUGCUGCCUGAGCAACAACCGGCGGAGGGUCAGCCACUCCAGGUAG